AUGUCUGAAGAGGUUUCUAAGGUCUUCGACACCAUUUUGGUGCUCGACUUUGGUUCUCAAUAUUCUCAUUUAAUCACGAGAAGACUUAGAGAGUUUAACAUCUAUGCUGAAAUGUUACCAUGUACCCAGAAGAUUUCAGAAUUGUCAUGGAAACCAAAGGGUGUGAUUCUAUCUGGUGGACCAUAUUCUGUUUAUGAAGACGGUGCACCUCAUGUGGAUCACGAUGUAUUUGCAUUGAAUGUGCCCAUCCUAGGUAUUUGUUACGGUAUGCAAGAAUUAGCAUGGAUUAACGGUAAGCAAGUUGCUCGUGGUGAAAAGAGAGAAUAUGGACCUGCAACUUUGAACGUUGUCGAUAAGGAGUGUCCACUUUUCCAAGGUGUUGAUCAUUCAAGAGUCUGGAUGUCACACGGUGAUAAAUUACACGGAUUGCCAACUGGUUUCAAAGUUAUUGCAACUUCCGAUAAUUCUCCAUACUGUGGUAUUUCACAUGAAUCUAAAUCUAUCUACGGUAUCCAAUUCCACCCAGAGGUUACACAUUCUACCCAUGGUAAGAUUUUAUUAAAGAAUUUUGCAGUCGAUAUUUGCCAUGCUGCACAGAAUUGGACUAUGGAAAACUUCAUCGAUACUGAAAUUCAAAGAAUCAGAAACCUAGUGGGUCCUACUGCAGAAGUCAUCGGUGCUGUUUCUGGUGGUGUUGAUUCUACCGUUGCAUCUAAAUUGAUGACUGAAGCCAUUGGUGAUAGAUUCCAUGCUCUAUUGGUGGACAACGGUGUCUUGAGAUUGAACGAAGCCGCCAUGGUUAAAGAAACUCUUGGUGAUGGUCUUGGUAUUAAUUUAACCGUUGUGGAUGCCUCUGAAGAAUUCUUGACUAAGUUGAAGGGCGUUGAAGAUCCUGAGAAGAAGAGAAAAAUUAUUGGUAACACCUUUAUCCAUGUUUUUGAAAGAGAAGCCGCUAAAAUUAAACCAAGAGAUGGUAAAGACAUCGAAUUUUUGCUACAGGGAACUUUGUACCCUGACGUUAUCGAGUCCAUCUCUUUCAAAGGACCAUCCCAAACAAUCAAAACUCACCACAAUGUCGGUGGUUUGUUAGAAGAUAUGAAAUUGAAAUUGAUCGAACCAUUGAGAGAAUUGUUUAAGGAUGAAGUUAGACACUUGGGUGAAUUGUUAGGUAUUCCUCAUGACUUGGUCUGGAGACAUCCAUUCCCAGGUCCAGGUAUUGCAAUUCGUGUUCUUGGUGAAGUAACUGAAAGUCAAGUGCAAAUCGCUAGAUUGGCUGACUACAUUUACAUCGAAGAAAUCAAAAAAGCUGGUCUUUACAACAAGAUUGCUCAAGCUUUCGCUUGCUUAUUACCAGUUAAAUCUGUUGGUGUCAUGGGUGAUCAAAGAACUUACGAACAGGUCAUUGCUUUGAGAGCCAUUGAAACCAGUGACUUCAUGACUGCCGAUUGGUUCCCAUUCGAGCACGACUUCUUGAAGAGAGUUGCCUCUAGGAUUGUCAACGAAGUGGAUGGUGUCGCUAGAGUCACUUAUGAUAUCACUUCCAAGCCUCCAGCUACCGUUGAAUGGGAGUAA